UAAAACGAUGCGAACAUCAUCAUGAAUUCAUUUUUAUGAGAUUUGCAUAGAAAAUUAUAGACUCACAUCAGAUGCACUUUUAUUUUAUUUCCCUACCGACCAUAUUCGGUUUUUUCGUGGACCGCAUUUUCCUUCACCAUUCCCAUUCUUGCUCUUCUCUUCUUCCUUCACCUUCUAACCCAACCACUUUUCCCAUUUCUUCGAUUUUGCUUCCUUAAUUCCAUCGAACGCUGUCAUGGAGGAAGUUAACGUUGUAGAAACUAAGGAUGGAACUGUUUCAGUAGCUUCUGCGUUUGCUGGUCACCAGGAAGCUGUGCAGGAUAGAGACCAUAAAUUUUUAAGAAAAGCAGUUGAGGAAGCAUAUAAAGGGGUAGAUUGUGGACAUGGAGGCCCUUUUGGUGCUGUUAUAGUUCGUAAUGAUGAAAUAGUUGCUAGUUGUCACAACAUGGUUCUGAGUAACACGGACCCAACUGCUCAUGCAGAGGUGACAGCAAUAAGAGAGGCUUGUAAGAGGCUUAAGCAGAUAGAGCUUUCAGAUUGUGAAAUAUAUGCUUCUUGUGAACCUUGCCCCAUGUGCUUUGGUGCAAUCCACCUUUCUCGAAUCAAGAGGUUGGUAUAUGGAGCUAAGGCUGAGGCAGCAAUUGCUAUUGGGUUUGAUGAUUUUAUUGCAGACGCAUUGCGAGGUACUGGAUUCUAUCAGAAAGCACAGCUGGAGAUUAAAAGAGCUGAUGGUAACGAGGCCAUCAUUGCCGAAGAAGUUUUUGAGAAAACAAAGGAAAAAUUCCAAAUGUACUAGAUUUGUCAUUUUUUUCAUGCCUGAUGACAAUCAGCUAUUCAGGAUUGGCUUCAUUUAACGCAUUGAAAUUGUUGAUAGUGGAUUCAGUUUAUUUGAGAAUAACAAGUUAUAUGCUAGAGUUUGAAUUG